AUGAGGGGGAAAAAAGGCGGGAAGGACCCCAAGUACCUACAGGGUGCACUACAGUGCCUCAUCAGAUAUGAGGAGAGGUACCAUCACAGCCCAGACAGCAGCUGCUGGGCAAAUCUAUCCAAUUCCUACCCCUACUUUGAGGCUCAGGGUAAUGAAGCUCAUGGGAUCACUCUGUGGCCUGGGCCCCUCCUCUCCUCGUGGUGCUCACCCACAACUCAGGUGCCAUGGCCAGACUCGCUGAGCCUGGAUGGGGCCUUUGGGCACAGGGACCCCAUUCUGCUGCCAUGGCAGGUCUGUGCUCCUGGGACAUUGACUGAAGCUGUCAUCUCCCCUCUCUUCUCUCCUUCUCCAGGUUCCCUGGUCCAGGCAGCAGUGACUCAGCAGCCAUCCUCGCUGUCAGCCAACGUGGGAGACACGGUCAGGAUCACCUGCUCUGGACUUAGCAGCAGCUAUGCUUAUGCUGGCUGGUUCCAGCAGAAGGUCCCUGGCACUGGCCCUGUCACUGUGAUCUAUGCUAAUGACAAGAGACCCUCGGGCAUCCCUUCGCGAUUCUCCGGAUCCACAUCCGGCACCACGAGCACGUUAACCAUCACUGGGGUCCAAGCCGAGGACGAGGCUGUCUAUUUCUGUGGUGGCUAUGACAGCAGCAGUGGCAGCUAUGUUAGUGUAAUGAAAAUGACAGAUUUUCAAAGGAUACAUAGAGGAAAUAAAAAUGGCAUUUUACUGUUCUUCUCAUCGCCAAGAAGAGUGGUAGAUGUGAGCCUGGGGCAGACUUUUGUCUCCCCUGCAUGACCAUGACUAUAAAUG